GUACAGGGCAUAUUUCUUUUUCACAGCACUGGUUCUUCUUGUCUCUAGUUUAAGGCGUGUAAGCAAGGGCUUCGUCCAGGACUAUACUCGUAACUUUGGAGUAUAUCUUUGCUGACUUAGAUCUGCGAGAUCCGUCCUCUGUUGUUGACGAUAUAAUGGCCCUGCACGCUCAGACUCGGUCGGUCCAGCAGCGCGCGUCCGGACGCGCUUUCUCGCAAUCCUGCCGCCCUCCCAAGCGUGUCACCCUCAGCAAGUGUCGCGCUGCUACUAUGGAGCGGGCUAUUCAAGAAGAGCAGUACAUCUCGCAUACCCCGGUUUCGUUACUGCGUGCGGACAUCGACACUGAGGACACCAUGCGAUCCAAGUUCGAGAAGGUUAUCCGCAAUGCCCAGGACUCUAUUUGCAAGGCAAUCGAGGAGGUUGACGGCAAGAAGUUCCACCAGGACGCUUGGACUCGUGCCGACGGCGGUGGCGGUAUCAGCCGCGUCCUGCAGGAUGGGAACGUGUGGGAGAAGGCUGGCGUCAACGUCUCCGUAGUAUACGGCUCGAUGCCUCCAGAGGCCUACAGGGCUGCAACUGGCAACACCGAGCUGCUGAAGAACAAGGGUGACGUCGGACGUGUGCCCUUCUUCGCCGCCGGUAUCUCGUCGGUGAUGCACCCGCGCAACCCUCACUGCCCCACCAUGCACUUUAACUACCGUUACUUCGAGACGGAAGAGUGGAACGGUAUUCCCGGGCAGUGGUGGUUCGGCGGCGGAACUGAUAUUACUCCCAGCUACAUUGACGAGGAGGACAUGAAGCAUUUCCACGGCACCUACAAGCAGGUUUGCGACCGCCACGAUCCUGCCUACUACGAGAAGUUCAAGAAGUGGUGCGACGAGUACUUCCUGAUCAAGCACCGCGGCGAGCGCCGUGGCUUGGGUGGCAUUUUCUUUGAUGACCUAAACGACAAGGACCCUGAGACCAUCCUGAAGUUCUCAACGGAUGCCGUGAACCACGUCGCUGAGGCUUAUUGCCCAAUCGUCCGCAAGCACAUGAACGACCCCUUCACGCAAGAGGAGAAGACAUGGCAGCAGGCGAAUUUCCCCGCCGUACCGUAUUCUCUUCAGAGCCCUAAUCCCGGAACCUUGCGGCAACCCCUACAGAUCCGUCGCGGCCGGUACGUGGAAUUCAACCUGGUAUACGACCGUGGCACAACCUUUGGUCUCAAGACUGGCGGACGCAUCGAAUCGAUCCUCAUGAGCAUGCCCCUGACGGCUUCGUGGAUGUAUGACCAUCGGCCGGCCCCUGGCAGCCGCGAAGCCGAUCUCCUAGACGCUUGCCGUAACCCCCGCAAUUGGGUGUGAAGGGGGCUGUCCAUUGUGUACCAGCAUGUGGAGUGAUGUGACAUGGGGAAAUUUGAUGUUGGGGAUGAGUGGGGCGUGUAGUACGUCGAGCAAUUCGUGUUGACAGGACUUGUUAUUGUUAUGAAGGUAGGCAUGUGGGCUGUUCGGGUGCAUGCCAGGGGAAUUAAGCGCUAUAAACACAUCGGUGGACCUAAUGCAGCUGUUCCGCAUCAGGCUAUUCUGCACGGGAUCUGGGUGAUGGGUGGACGCGCUUAGCCGAUUUUCCAUUCCAGUGCCAUUGACUUACAUAUGUCGGCUUUAAUUGACCUGCUUGGACUGGUGUGGUGCCUGUGAUUUUACGGACCCGGCGGCUCUUCAGUGCUUUAUGGGACUGUUUUUGCGAACUGGCAAGGUGGGACUUCAGUUUGCUCAAAUCCUGCUCAAACUAGGAAUAAACGAAUCUGCACCGCCACAGUAGUUGAGGCACAAUGCUGCAACCGCGUGCUUUGGGGUGCAGGGUCUGCGCGCAUACAGUUGCGCGUUAAAGAGUGGUAAUCCAUGAAAACUAUUUAUUUCCGUGUGCUUAUGUGGCGAGCAGAAGGCCGCGCUAUUUCUGUAACAAAUACGUG